AUGGAGUAUUUGCGCAGCUGUCUUCCAGGUGUUCGUUUCCGCCGUGCGCGACUCCAUGACGCCGCACCGCUGCGGGAGUGUAUGGAUUCGUGGCAGCUGAGCUCGGACGGUGUUCCAUCCCAACAUGCUUCCUGGGAUAAGCCUGAAGGUGGGUCAGACGUCUUUGUGGACCUCAUUCAGGCCUCCUAUUUAUGCAUUUCGGCGGUAUCAAGCACGCAGGAGAGCCUGUUGCUGGGGUUCCUGGCGUUAGGUACAGGGCCUCGGCUCGGCGUUGCAGCUAGCAUUAGCGCCGCGCAAAAAUCAGCCUCUCCGGUUGAAUCUUCAUUCAAUGUGGAGGAGAGGUUAGUGGCCGCACUUAAUGAGCCUCAAUGGGAUGAUGUUCUGCGCCGUCUAGCCUAUGUAGCCGUUGACGAGGGUAUGGAUCAGAACAAGUCCCUUGAUUCCAUCCGACCCUGCAAUACAUUGUGGUUAAACAUGCUCAUGGCACCGCCUUCGACUUUUCAUUCGCAGCGUUUUUCCCCUCGAUCCACCAAUGACACGGGGACGCUGUUGAAGCGCACGCCCCAUGGCGGACUACACAAAUAUGGAGAGGCAACUCUUCAGAGUAUCACCAAGCAAAAGCAGGAGGAGGAGUGUGGCGGCGUCUCGAAGUUCGCGUACACCUCUAUGGAGCUAACUCGUGAACUCCUUGCGGUGGCUCUGAGCGCGACGCAGGGGAUCGAGAACCUUUUGUGUCCGCUUCCAUUGCUAUCUUUGCCGUCCAAGGCGAAGGACGGCGAUCUUUUCCCGCAGUUUCUUGGGAUGGGCACCCUCUUGGCCCCCACUCUCAGGCACUUUCCCGGUGCCGGAGCGCUGCCAUCCGUUUUUGCGCAGCGGCAGAAAAUUCUCCUCUUGCCCCGACAAAGCAUCCUGCCACGUUUAAACAUCCGCCACGGCUGCCAAGAGGAUUACGAUGACUUCGUCCCCCUUCUCCUUAAUGGUGUCGGCGUGCACAUCCGGUUGCCUAAUGAAUUUUAUCUCGAGGAACUUCUUAAGGAUCAGGAUGACACCCACAAGGUGCUUGUUGCGGAGAAUCCUCAGACCUACGAAGUAGUCGGGUUCGCUUGUGCCCACGUGAUUUCUCUCACCGAGCAUCAUGUGCUCUCGAGGUCCUAUCAGAUGGGGACGUACGAUAAGUUGUUCGAUAAAAAGGUGGGUUCAGUCUCGUUGUCUGCCAAAGGCGGGUCCGCAGCGGCGGCAGCCACGCAGAUGGUACAAAUAGACUUCCUGUAUUGGGAUCCGGACUACGAGGGGUCCUCGUUGGACUUGCUUCGUGGGCUGUUCCGCGCCUUCCCGACGUGUUCAGAUGCCUUUAUUGUACUUCCACAUACCACGCGGGACUCGAGCCUGUUGAAGCAUUUCCAUUACGUUCCUAUUCGUCCGUAUGAGCCAUAUGUCAGUCGGGAUGACGUCGCGCCCAUGCCGGAAGGUUUAUGGAUUUGUUCGCGUGACAGCUUUUCAACGGCCUGUGUGGGGUUAGUGCGUUCGUUAGAGGAGGUUGCUGAGGUAGAGAAUGGGCUGCUACGAACUCAGACCUACGAUAUAACCUAUGAUGAGAUGGAGAGACUUUCCUCAGAUUUACGCCGCUCGGUGCUUGUGGAUGUGCCAAAUCAGGACCAGCCGGAUGGUGCAUGCCUUGUUGAUAGCGAUUACACUUCAAAAGAGGGUUUCAAUGGCUCGAGAGCCAUUGUCUUCACCCUUUCACGUAUCUCUUCGGAGUGGCAAACAUCUACUCCUACAGAGUUGGCUGGUGUUGCUUCCCUCUGCAGGGUUACGGUGAAAGGGCUUCAUGCUCUGCGUGCCAACUAUAACAUUGAUAAUUAUGUUUAUUUCUUCUCGCGACGCGGGCGAGACUACGCAGCCACAGAUAUUCACGCACCAGCGUUCCACAACUAUGCCGAAAGCUUCAAUCCAUGUGAGGUAAAGGACAUGUUUAUGCCAACUAUUUUGAUUCGUAGCAUGUACGUUAAGCCAGUCUAUCGGGGUUGGAUUCGCUUUUUUGUUCGAGAGCUCUUAAGACUGUGCAAGGCUGACAUCGCGGUGUUGUUCCCCGUAAGAGGGCAGGGACAACUGUUUCCUCCUCUAGUUAGGGAGUUCCUCCCUUGCCAGGCUCGACGCGUGGUGGAGCAGACGAUAAUAGGAGACUCUACUGAGGGGGCGUCGGUGUCGGCGAUUGAUCCGGCAGCUCUUGGAUCCCUUUUCAUCGCCACACCUCGCUACUUGGGGGAUGAAAAGGUUAGCUUGUAUGCGCGUAUCGUGGUGAUUGGUGCCGGCGCGACGGCUUUGUCUUUUUUCCAUCGACUUUUAAGCAUUCCUUACGUGCGCUUUGUCAACCUUGUGCUUGUCUCCACUGACGGCUUUCCGCUCCACGCAAACCAGGCACGGGCUGACAUCGCCGGGGCGCACGUCGACGGCCUCGGCAGUCAGCACAGGGGAGCGUGGCUGGCGGAUACAAUGGAGUUGCUCGAGCGCGAGCACCACUUUAUUGCCGUAAGUCAGGCUAUUCGCGUCGUCGCCGGGAGGCUGGUGGACAUUGACAAAGCUAACCGUUGUGUGGCCAUCGACAACGCCGUUUUUGAGCCCUAUGACUAUUUGAUCUUAGCGACCGGGCGGCAGUACGUCGUGCCGCCGAGCAUUCUCCAGCUGCUCCAACAGGAGGGGCGCGGCGUGCCGGAGAAGUGCAUUAUUCCUCUUAACGACGCCGCUGCCUUCCACCGCGCACGAGAGUCACUGGAUAACCUCAGCAAGAACGUGAAUGGCGUGCCGAACGUGCUGGUGUACGGCUCGUCGUUGGACGCUUAUUCAGUGGUGACGGCCAUCCUGCAGCGUGAAGGCUUUUCACCCCAGCGAGUGGUGGUGUGCAGCCGCGACCCCCGCACCCCGCAUGUCGACGAGGCGUCGUCGCAGGCGGCGCUCACCGUGCUGCGUUCGCUCGGCACGAACGUGUUUCGUGGCUUUGACCUCGGACGCAUCGAAUUCAACGAGGAUGGAGGGCUGACUUCGGUGGUGCUGGAGCCCGUGCCCGCGACGGAGUCCGCCCACGCUGCGGCGUCUCCCGUGGAGCUCAGCUGCGGCCUGAUUUUGUGUGUGGAGGAUAAGGAUAUCGACCCCAGAAUCCUUUGUGCGCUUAAUAAACGUUCCAUUGUCCUUGAUGGCCGUAUCAUUGUGGAUAAGGACUACCAGACCACCGACCCGCGUAUACUCGCAGCGGGCCCGGUGGCUAUGUGGACUCGGCGCUACGGUGUAACCCCCAAUUUUGAAGAUUUUAACGCACGUGAUGUUGGCUACGACUUGGCCUGCAAGGUAUUAAUCAAGCUCGGCUUCGCAGAAUUCUCAUCUGCGCACCUUUCAAAACAGGAUGGCCAGGGCAAUGGCAAGCCCUCCGAUGACGUUACAAGCGCAGCCGCCGGCAAUGGGGUACUUCCCACCUUUCAGUGCGAUCCAAGCGUCGAGUCCGAUACGAUCGGGAGGUUUUUGAGGCGAGACGUGGAGCAAGCUGAGGGGGGGGGGGCGGCUGGCUUCCGCAGCAGGGGCAGGUGGGGCCGAAUCUCUCGGUGUUUUCGACCCCGCGGGCGCGCCGCGUCGUGUUCCCGUUCGGCUUUGAGUACUUCUCAGUUGAGUGCGUCUCCUUCGCGGAGGACACGUGCGAGGUGCUGA